AUGAAAGAGAAGAAGAAUACUGCCUCUACUCUGAAGCGUAUUUUAGCGAAUUGUGCAUCUGAGGGAAAAGCAUAUGGGAGCUGUGUUGCAGCGAAGGUUCCAGACAUUGAACGUGAUAUGUGUGUGAAAGAAUUUCUGGCACUAAAAAGUUGUAUGCAGAACAUGGUAUUGAAUUCUACAAUUGGGUUGGCAUAA